CUAGUAAACUUCAGUGCAUGAUACAAUGGAUUCGUACAGACAUUGUAUCUGUCUAGGAUUGUUCCUGUUUCUCCAUAAUUUGUGUGAUAGCCGUCCUCAAACUAGCGGCCUCGUAGAAGUAGAAAUAUCUGAUGGCCAUAUAAUCGGAAGACAGUUGGAAUCCGACCAGAAAGUUCCUUAUUAUGCUUUUCAAGAUAUACCUUACGCAAAGGCACCUGUUGGUGCACUGAGAUUCCAGGAGCCACAACCCGUAGAAAGGUGGGAUGGAAUUCUGAAUACUACAGCAAACAGAAAAAUAUGUAUCCAGUUAGAUCAAGUUACAAAUGAUCCACGUGAAACAGAGGAUUGUUUGGUUUUGAAUGUCUACACACCUGUGAGACCCAAUGGAGUACAGCCCCCUGAUUCAUUACCGACCUUGGUCUGGAUACACGGUGGAGCAUUCAGACGCUGGAGUGGAGCUUUCGAUUCCUUCGGCCCGGACUAUUUCAUCGACCAGAAUGUCGUCGUUGUCACCCUCAACUAUCGUCUUGGACCUUUAGGAUUUCUCGCCACUGGGGACAAUGUCAUCCCAGGAAAUCUAGGCUUGAAAGAUCAACACCUGGCCCUUCAGUGGGUCAAAAACAACAUUGGAACUUUCGGAGGAGAUCCUGCCAAAGUAACAAUAAUGGGACAGAGCGCUGGUGCUGCUUCAGUAGGAUAUCAUCUCAUGAGCAAAAAAUCAAAAGGAUUAUUUAGGGCAGCUAUCAUGCAUAGUAGUUCACCCUUGACAUGUUGGGCUCUACAAAAGUAUCCGAAAUAUGCUGCUUAUCAGUUAGGUGCAAAAAUCUUCAAGGAAUUUGACAAAAACAUGUCGAGUGCCGAGUUUUUGAAACUAUUACAAGGGGUUCCAAUUGAAAAAAUAAAAGCCAACACUGGUAUUUCGAUGCCUGCUGAAAUGGCGAAUUGCCAACUACCUACUUCAAUUGCUUGGGUUCCUGUUACAGAAGAUUCAAACUACGAAAACGCUUUGGUAACCGGAAUGAAUCAUGAAAACCUCAAAAAUGGAAACAUAAACAAAGUACCAUUACUGAUUGGAAUCAACUCACAGGAAGUAUUACUGUUCAUUCCCAAUCUGGUGGCGUUGAUAUAUUUAGGCAUCGCUUUCGACAUCAACCCGUCGUUAAUGAUAACGGCAAACUUGAAUAUGAAAGAAGAAAAUAAACCUUUGGCCGCCGCUGAGCUCAAGGAGGUCUAUACCGAUUCGGGAUUCGCAUCAGAUAUACCAGCUCUGAUAAAUUUUGCUAGUGACGCGUUAUUUGCCACACCUGUAGCAAGGCAUGCCUAUCUCCAAUCGAAAUUCACGGAUGUCUUCUUCUACCAAUUUUCUCACAAAGGACCACUCGGACAGCUCAACUCUACCUACCAAGGUGCUGAAGGAGUGGGCCACGAAGAAGAACUGAGAUAUUUGUUCAGAGAUUCGCAGAACGCAGAUAUCAGUGAAUUUCCUGAGGACGACAUUCUCACUCAUAAUCGUAUGGUGUAUAUGUGGUCACAAUUCGUUAAGAAUAUGAAUCCCACUGCAGAGGAAAAUGAACUGACUGAAGGUGUGGCAUGGCCAACCGUGACUGAAGACCGAUUCUCAUAUUUAGAUAUAAAUUCUAGUCUUGUAAUUUUAGAAGAUCCGAAAAAAUACAAGCAAUGGAGCGUCAUCAUCGAAAAAUACGCAGAAAAAUUGUUAGAUACGUAUUAGGAUGAUUAUGGCGAUAGAUAAAUGGGGAUGUAAAAUAAUAAUAAAGAGGAAUUUCUACUUUAAAUAUAUAUUCAAUGUUUUUUUUACAGAAUUGCAACAAGCAAAUCUUUCAAUGUUCGACGAGGCGAG